CAGGGAGAAGAGCAGCCACCCGUUCUUUAGAGGAAUCCAGAUGUGUCCCCUAAUGGAGAGAACAUUUUACCUCUGCUGGAGAGUGAAAGUAGCUGUCUGGAUAAGCUAUAAGGAGCACUUGUGGAGAAAUGCAAGUACAGUACACAUGCUAUGCUAGCCGAAGGUGAAAGCAUGGCAAGUUCAUCACUAUGUGCUGCUAAUACAUCAGCAUCUCAGAACCUUCGGAAAGUGUCUGGUUUUGUAGAAAAUAAAACCACACAGUGCUCAUUUUCCAUUGAGAGUAUUUUGGGACUGGAGCAGAAAAAAGAUGGCAUUCCAGCUGUGAAACCUCACAGACCAUGGAUGGACGCAUGCAACAACUUGAUUUCAGGUGAUGACACUAAUCCCCAUCUGCAAAUCCCUAUUGUUUGCUAUGAAAAUCCAUUAUUUCAUGCUAACAGUAAUCCAGUGCAAGAGGAAAAAGUUUUGAAAUGUGAAAAAUAUUUUUCAGUCACUGAAAGGCUAUCUUUCAAACGAGAAUUGAACUGGUACAGGGGUAGAAGACCAAGAACUGCAUUCACUAGAAACCAGAUUGAAGUCUUGGAAAAUGUUUUCAAAAUGAACUCCUACCCUGGCAUUGAUAUUAGAGAAGAGCUAGCUCGCGAAUUAGAUUUAGAUGAAGACAGGAUCCAGAUCUGGUUCCAGAACCGUCGUGCAAAGCUGAAAAGAUCACACCGAGAAUCUCAGUUUCUAAUGGUGAAAAAUACUUUCACCUCCAGCCUGCUAGAGUAGAAAGAAGGAUGGUUUGCUGUUACGGUACUACAAUAGAACAUGAAGAAUUAUUGGCAUUUUCAUAACUUGUAUUAAGUAAUGAUGAUAUACUAAUUAUUAUUUUAUCGCCAGAUUUGAAAGUUUAUCAUAAUUUUCAUUCAAAUAAACUGUAAAUACUUGAAGUAUUAUUAUAAUCUACUUUUUGUGGAAAAAGUGAACCUUUCUUCUAUAUUUUAAUAAAUAU